ACAAGUGAAAAAAUACACUCGAUAUCGUCGCGCGGAAGAAAAUUUCGGAAAUUUUGUGCAAAACUUAUCAGUUCACUGUCGCGAAGUUGCGUAUCCGUAUCCGGCCACACGGAUGAGGCGCCGGAAGUGGUUUAGUAUACAGUGCGGACUACUAUAAGCAAAUCCGUUUCGAUUACAUUGUGUGGAAAUACAAGUUUUUUUUAACCGUUCUCUCGUUCGAUCGGGAACUUUUCUCUGUUCCGUUGUUCCAUAUAGUUUUUUUUUCUCUACCACUAUUUGGAUUAUGGCCUUAGCAGCACGGAAAACACCAUCCAAAAUUUAUGAUAUUCAAGCACACAACGGAAAGGUAUCAUGUUUGGACAUCGGCGAAACCGGACGGGUGCUAGUCACCGGAGGACAAGACCGGAACGUCAAUCUUUGGACGCUGGGUAGCAAAGAAUGUUUUAUGUCUCUGACGGGUCACAACUCAGCCAUUGACUGUGUCAAAUUUGCCUAUUCGGACGAUUUUGUCUACUCUGCAGAUGACACCGGCGUUAUCAAACGAUGGGAUCUAAACUCAGGCACCGAGUACACCACAUUUUUUGGGCAUAUGAAAACAGUGCGAACUUUAGAUUUCCAUCCCUACAGUGAGUACGUGGUUUCUGGAAGUCAUGACACUUCGAUAAGGUUGUGGGAUGUUAGGGAGAAAGUGUGCAUUAAACGCUACCGAGGACACAUUUCACAUGUAAACUCCGUUAAAUUUUCCCCGGAUGGACUUUGGAUUGCUUCGGCUGGUACCGAAGGUUGUGUUAUUAUCUGGGACAUCAGGAUGAGCAAACAGUUUAUGGAAUUUACUGAAAGGGAGUCGCCAGCGAUCUGUGUUCAGUACCAUCCAUCAGAUCUCCUCAUGGCUGCUGGACGAAAUGACGGUAGUGUUGAUCUGUAUGAUUUGGAGAAGAAGCAACUGAUAUCGAGAACGGACAAAACCCAUUCGAAGGGUCACACGGUAAAGUGUAUUACAUUUGAUGAAGGAGGAAGAUGUCUGUUUGUGGGUACAGCCGCAGGCAUUUCAAUCGUUGGAUGGGAGCCGGAUCAAGAAUUUGAUCAUGUUGAAUCAAGCUGGACGUUCCUUGGAGACAUGCAAGUAACAUCAAAAGAGUUAAUUUGUGGUUCUUAUGAAAACCGUAAUGUAGCAAUUCAUGCAAUGAAGUUGAGCCAUUUGAAGCCAUUUUACAAUCCAAAAAAUCAACCUUUUAAUCAUAAUCAAAGCUCACGGAAAAGUUUUAGCAAAGGAAGUGGCAAGUUAAGGCUAUCAAUUGGUGACCGAAUGCUUUCGAGCGACGCAAUGGAAGGAAAUUCGAACGGAGGAAUGUCUCCCAAUCUAAGCAUAGAAAUGAUAGACGAAGAAGAAGGUUCUGUGCAUGUAGAACCCAAGACAUUUGACUUUAGCCAUAGUAAUGGCAGCGGAGGAACCAACAGUAACUUUGAUUCCUACACUCCUCCGUCUUCUUCGAUCGCAGUCUCUAAUGUCCCCCCUCCUGUACCACUCGUGAACUCCAACUAUCUGGUCAAGGAAGAAAUGAAAAUGUAUAACAUUAGCAGCUCGACUGGAUAUUCUAGCGACUUGGACUACUAUCCAUGCAAAAACAAUGCUUCCGAUGCUGAAAAGGAAGACUUCCGAGUGGAAAAAGCUCAACCUCCAGAUUAUGCACCAAAGCUCACAACCGGCAAUAACAGCACAGUUCUUAAUUCUAGCAACAAUAUCGGUAACACCACAUCAACAUUGCCAACAUCUUCUAGAAGCACUCUUAUGAGACAGAAGACAGAUUCAAUCAACAAUAGCAGUAGUUUAGCAGCUCAGCGAAGGCCAUCUCAGCCAAAUUUGGUGGCCGCAGCGCGGGCUGCCGCCAGUAGCUUAACCCGUCGAAUAUCAACCAGUAGAAGUACACUAGAGCUGAAUAAGCUUGCUGCGGAAGAACAGGUUACAUUCAAAAAGCCUAUCAGUCGUGGAAGUUCUCCCAUUCGAAAUAACAGCAGCCUAGGUAGUAAAAUACGCAAAAGCGAAAGCUCCGCACAAAUAAACAAUAUGAAAAACUCCACCAAUCGGUACAGCAUGAGCGGACUUGGUGGUAGUGGUGGAAACAGUUCUCAACACAACGCCAACAUCAAGGUGGAGAUCGUGACGAAACCUGUUCGAUCAAAAACUUCCUUGGAUAUGAGGCACCGCAACACGUCCAACGGUGAUAAUCACCAUCACAAUAGCAACAGUGCAACCAUGAAUCGAGCUGGUAUCAUUCAUUACAACAACGGCAAUAACAGUAACAACAACAAUAGCAUGAGUUCUGGAACUGGUCACAGUUUGUCUCACAUUGGUAUCUCGGACGGCGGAGGAGGUGGACUUCUCGAUCGGGAUUCCCUUAUGAUGCCACCGCCAUCAGGGAUCCCCACUGCCAUGCAUCAUCAUCCGGUACCGGUAAUUCGCUUUGUCGGUCAUGAUGGUAUGAGAGGAAGUGGCGGGGAUGGAAUAGGGAUUAUAAAUCGAGGUCUAAGCACCAACGAAGAAUACGAAAUUCAAUUGCUGAUGAACGAACAUGAUAGUGUCUUCCAAGCACUUUGCAAUCGAACUGCUUUACUAGCCACCAUUCGAAACUACACCCAGUCCGGUGACAUGUCUAUGGCAAUGAAAAUUGCCAUCCGAAUGAACGACCCGCAUGUUAUGGUCGAUCUGUUCGGUGCAAUACUGGAGAAAACGGCUAAUAUUUCACUGGACAUGUGUGUACUGGUUCUGCCAAAAAUCUAUGAUUUGUUACAGAGCGAAUAUAAGUUUCAUUGCACCCGCGCCUGCGAUAUGCUCCGGGUCAUUCUGACGACGUUUUUGGUGGUGAUCCGCGAGAACACCGAUCCGUGGGGCGCUUGCACGAUCGGCGUCGACGUCAGCCGGGAGGAACGCGUCAGCAAAUGCAUGGAAUGCAAAACGUGGCUGCUGAGGAUACGGACCCUGCCGGAGAAUCCCAAAAUCGGCACCAACCUGCAGCAACUCCAGAACAUGAUGGUCGAUCUGUGAAACUACUGCUGGUAGGAACCGGACGAAUUCGACUGCCACGGACCGGUGAGCAAUAGUUUGUUUGUUUGUUUUUUCUUCUUCUUCUAAUUCGUCUUUGAAGUUAGUUUUAAUUAUUCCAAUUUGUUGAAAUCAAUCGAAAAUUGUGGGAUCGAUUUGGGGCGUUCCAGCUUUCGUCACACGGUGACGGAGCGAAAUGCCGGACGAUAAUCAAAUAAAACUACAACAACACCGCUAACGCCACUAAUUUAUUAUUGUAACUAGGCCCCGAGCGCAAUUCGUACCGGAAACUGUACAAUUUUAUCAUCAUUUUUAAUUCUCUGGUUUUAACUGUGUUUACGAAGCGUUAGGAUAACGAAUAUAAUUUUAAAUUUAUUGCAAAAUUACGAGCGAAAAUUUAGCAAAUAAACAUAAAAAAAAACAAACACACAACGCUAACGCAUGCCCAUCAACCCUGAAUACAGAUUAAUAAUAAGACUGAAAAAUUUUAAUCGAGAGAUCAUCCUAAUACGAUUAAUCUAGCAUUGAUAGCGGUUUUUUAAUUCGACGCAACCUUAACGGCUAGUUUCCUAAUUGAAAAAGAUUAACCAAAAUCAUAAAAACUAACUAAAAAGAUAAGCAUUUGAUUAAUCAUUAAAGCUUGGCGAGUACCAAGCCUGCCAAUCGAUGCCGAUCGAUUGGAUUAUCUAAAAAUCGGAUACGUCACUAAUAUACAUAAUUGGAUUGAGACGCAACUACAGCGGUGAUGAACAGAGUGCUUUAAAAAGGCCGACAAAAAUUGAUUGUGAUUAACCAUUUGAAGAUUUUGUUUUUAAAUUCUCAACGAAAAUAGGGCAAGGAAAAACUGACUAACAACAUCCUCACAUGGAUACGAAAUCCCGAAAAAAAAGUGCAUUUAAUCAUCAAACACCGUAACAUUCUGCAAAUAUAUGUCAUCAUCAACAACGGGCCCAUACCUAAAUUAAUUUGACACUAAUCGAAUAACUAGAAAAGUAUUUUUUCAAUCCCGAUGGCAUCGUUUUGGAUUUUUUUUGUUUACCGGUUUGAGAUCUUUUGGAUUUUUCUGAAAAUUGAUAUUAUAGGAACUCAAAACGAUUUAGGCAACUAAUCCAAACGAGCUGCUGUCAUAAACUUUCCCUAACCAGUAUCCCUUUGAAACAAUAGUUUGAUCUUAAAUUUCCCAGUAUUAGGUUCGGUUUUUUUCGGAUAACAUUUCAUUUCGUUUGUUGACUUGACUGACUCAAAACGUGUCUUGCACUGUCUUUUGAUACAUUUUGUUCCAGAGAGAUGCACUCAUCUGUGUAGAUCAAUGUAUCCAUUCCCGUUUUAUUUGAACUCAACGUCUUAGUCGUGAGUUUAGGACCUUUAAUUAGUAUUUUCCUUAGUUUGAGAAUGAAGCAGUCUUUCUUCCUGUGAAUGUGUAGAAAUAACACUCCUUAACCUGUACAAAUACCCGUAGAAUAAGAACGCGCUAUAACCGAUGCCAGGCGGAAAAAGACGUCUAGGCGCAGAGAAAAUGACAAUAGAUUUAAUCCAAAACUUGGCAAUCAACUUUCAUCCUUUUUCCAUCAUGCAUUUUCGAGUAAUUCGUACCGUCCGGUUGAUUGUUUACAGCAAUAGGUGUCUAGAAAAUUACCAUAUCUACAUCAUAGAUUGUGUAUUGUGAAAAAUGACUUAGAAAACAGCAAAUCUAGACUUCAGCCAUAACUGACAGAGGAGCUUUUUUUUUGGUUUCGUUUAUAGUCGUUUUACCAUCUUUAUGGCAUUCGCGACUUUAUCAACGUUACAGUUGGCAGAUCGUUAUUGAAAAACUUAUCCGGUACAACUGUGUUCGAUGUUUGCUCUUGGGCUCGAACUCGCGGACAUCGGCACAGGAGACAACAGACUUGCCAACUGAGCUAUAUCACAAGCCCCUGACAGAGGAGCCCUAUCAAGUUUGUGUUUGCGAAUGAAGGGUGUUAAGAAAAAACUAUUCCUACUACGAAACCAAGUUCAAUAAACGCAAAUUAUGAAUUCCUCUGUUUGAAGUUCAAUUCAUACAGAAUGAAGACAAAAGAGUUACCCGAUCUGUCCUUUAAUUUAUUUUCUAAAAAUUUGGUUCUUUUGUCUAGGUGAGCUUUUCUGAAUACUUUAUUCAACGUACAUGUAACUUGAAUUUUCCUUCAUUUUCUUUUGUCUGAUAACUGUUUUUCUUGAAAUUUUGAAAUUUGGACUAAAAUUUCAGAAUGAUUGCGUGUUUAAAUGGUUCAUAUCCAUGGGUUCCAUCUAGACGUUGUUCACAGCAAACCAUUCCUCUUUGUUUUGAUGCCAUUUUCACAUCUAAAAAAAUAACAAGGUCAAAAUCAAACAGUCGGUGAAAUACGCGUCCUUGAAAUCUAGUUUGUUUAAGUUUUCUAAAUGCACAUGAAAAAAUAUCAAUUUUCAAUUGCUCAAUUUCUAAGCAUAACAUUGUUUAUCUGUAUUUGGUCUUAUUUUGUUUUUCGAGUUUUUCAUUGUUUUAAAAUAAAUCUACAGAUGUCCGCAAAAACACCUAGCGUUGAAACUUACUCAAUUUGACGGUACAAUAACAAUAGUUCAACCAUAUUCUAAUGUCGAUAGCUAACCACAAGCGCUGUAAAUAACUUGCACCAAAAUCCUUCCAUUAAACAUAUUUUAUAUAUCACAUCUCUGCUCACCCAUUUGUUCAUUGAUGCAUCCAUCCAUGAGCAACAGUUCCAUUGAAAAACACACAAACUAUUAGCUAAGACUAGUGAUUUUUAGCCCAAAGUAACACCCCCAAAAAACAAACUACACGCAAAUGUAGUGCGUGCGUUGAGCAUCGAAGCAAAGCAAGUGCACGAUCGAGCUAAAAUAGAUAAGUUUGCUAAGCCCUAACAUGCUAAAACAUAAUGAACUAAUCUGAAACAACAGAAAAUUCAAGUGCCUUCAAGAAGUAAUAAUAAAAAAACUGGACGAAAAAAAUGCAAUGCAAAUCAUGACUAGAACACUAUUUGAAGCUCUAAGCAGAAAACAAAUAUUUUUACAGAACAACAAUAGAAAAGUAAAAACUCACAGUUUUUUUUAAUACUACACAAAUUUAGUAGGAAAGCAAUGCAUUUAAAAUGGAAGCAAAUUUGUUGGCGAAAGAAACAUAACCAUAAAGUGAUAAAACAGUGAAUUGGAUCUCGUUCUAUCAUUAGGUUUAUUAUUGAAAAACAAACAAUGAUAUCAAGUUUAUGAACGAGAAUCAAUAAAAGUUUAUGCACCCGCUAUCAAAUACCAUUGGCAAUUCGUUUUAUUUUCGAUUGCGAUGAAGAAAGAGAAUUGUUUGAAGGCAGAGAAAAAAAACACGAGGAAACAUUUGCUAUUUAUUGUAAACACACAGCAAUACAAACAAAAUCAACACAAACACACUAAAACU